UCCGUUCUUCUCCUCAUCAAGAAUUCUCUUUCUAUUGAAAUUUGAACAAGGGUUUUGCUUUUCUUUGAAUUUUCGUGCAUGGGGGACACGGAUCAUCAGGAGCUGCGUAUUGAGACUGACCCCGGAAAAGGGUAUGCCUUGAGUGGUAAAAUAAUGCUCAGCGCCAUUGUUGUGCUCUUCGCCGUCGUCAUUUUCAUGGUGGGCCUCCAUCUUUAUGCUAGAUGGUACCUCAUCCGCCUUCGCCGCCGCCAGCUCGAGCGUCGCCGCCAGCGCCGGAUUAGCCGGACCCAAAUCGUGCUCUACGCCGACAGCCGCCUCCCCGGGACCGCCGUGGACCGCGGCCUCGAACUUCCUGUUCUUAAUUCUCUUCCGGUGUUUCUUUACUCCCUCAAGGCGGAGCAGCCGCCGGUGGAGUGCGCCGUGUGUCUGUCCGAGUUCGAAGAUAGGGAAAUCGUGCGGCUCCUGCCCAAAUGCAACCACUCUUUUCACAUUGAGUGUAUAGACAUGUGGUUCCGUUCUCACUCCACCUGCCCCCUCUGCCGCUCCCCGGUCGAAAAGGUGGCGGAGCGGAUGGCGACUGAGGUGAGGGCGAAUCAACCGGUGCAGAAACCGAACUCGUCGGAACCGGGCUCCAGUUCCGGGUCAGGGCUCUGCGCCACGUGCCAACACGAGGAGGGGAACGGGGAUGGUAACUCUGCACAGCCGGGAGGACGGAGGAAACGGCCGGAAUUGGUGGAGGUGAGAAUAGACGUGCCGCCGAGGAGGGCCGAAUGGGAGAACGAGUUGAGUCAGAGUUCGCCGGCGAGUCGGCUGUUGUCUUUGAAGAGAAUUCUGAGCAUGGGGAGAAAAUCCCCGGCAGGGGUGGGGCCAGCUACGCCUUGCGUGUCGGGAACGAGCAGUGGCGCGGCCGAGUUAGACGUGGAAAAUGGGAUCGGCGAGUCGAGUGGCGAACCGGGUCGGGUUCAAACACCGAGGGUGUGAAGAGGAAGCAACCAUGUAGUUUCAGGGAAAACGACAUGGGGCUAUUGUUGAAAUAUCGCGCUUCGAAACGUAUCGUAGCGGACACGUGGCGCGCUAAGAGAAGGGAUAAGAUCCCGAGUAGGCGCUGCUGUGUUUUGACUGCGGUAUUUUCUUUUUUCUUUUUUCUUUUUAGAGGGAAAGUGCAGUAUUUGUUGUACAGAUAAAUAGAUAGGAAAAUAUAUGGAUGAAGUUAUCCAGUGAGACAAACUUUAUUUUCUUCUUUUAUUUA